CAGCGCUGUCUGGCUGCGGCGAGUCAGACGGGCGAACAGAAAAGCGCUGAGUGAGCCGGGGAGGGGCGCCUCGGAAGGACACCGCCACCACCGGCAUCCCACCAAUUUUAAGUCCUCGACCAGCGAUCCGCACGUCCGCAGAAAUUUGGGAGCGGGCUUCCGAGACCGUCCGCCUUAUUUAUUAUUUAUUUUUUUGCUGGGGUGGGGGAAACUGGAUUGCACUGACUGCUGAGUGCCAGGAGAGAGGCACUGAUUUGUACGACCGGUUUGAAUACGGUCCCCCCCCCCCCCCCACCCACCCCGGGCUGCCUUACCAGUCCUACCCUCCUUCUUUAGUUUUUUUCCUUCUCCAACCCCUCUUUGUCUGAGACUGCAGAAAUAUCUCAAGAUGCCAAGCUCGCUUUUCGCCGACAUGGAGCGGAGUGGUGGCAAUCAGGGGGACGCCCUGGAUGACCAAAGAGCCCUGCAGAUAGCACUGGACCAGCUCUCCCUGCUCGGCUUGGACAGCGAUGACAGCUCCCUGUAUGACAGCGAGCCGAGAAAGAAGAGCGUCAACAUGACCGAGUGCGUCCCGGUUCCCAGUUCGGAGCACGUAGCCGAGAUCGUGGGCAGGCAAGGUUGUAAAAUCAAAGCACUGAGAGCAAAGACCAACACCUAUAUCAAGACUCCAGUCCGCGGGGAGGAACCAGUCUUUGUUGUGACAGGCAGGAGAGAAGAUGUAGCGAUGGCCAGAAGGGAGAUCAUCUCUGCUGCAGAGCACUUCUCCAUGAUCCGGGCGUCCCGGAACAAGAACAGCAGCAUGAACGGAGGCGGCACGGUUCCGGGACCGCCCAACCUGCCGGGCCAGACCACCAUCCAGGUGCGGGUUCCCUACCGGGUGGUGGGACUGGUGGUGGGACCCAAGGGGGCCACCAUUAAGCGCAUCCAGCAGCAGACGCACACCUACAUCGUGACUCCGAGCCGCGACAAGGAGCCGGUCUUCGAGGUGACGGGCAUGCCGGAGAACGUGGACCGGGCACGGGAGGAGAUCGAGGCCCACAUCGCCGUGCGCACCGGCGGUCUGGUCGAGCUCGCUGAAGACAACGACUUCCACGCCAACGGCACCGAUGUGGGGUUCGAGCUGCACGGCCACACCAGCCUCUGGAGUAAGGCCACCCCCGGCGUGACCCCCACCCCCGGCGUGACCCCCACCUCCGGCCGCAAACCCUUCUCCAACUACCGCAACGACAGCUCCAGCUCCUUGGGGAGUGCCUCCACGGACUCCUACUUUGGGAACGGCGGCGGUGGCUCCAGGUUGGCCGACUACAGCCCCCCGAGCCCAGCCCUGAGCUACAGCGCCUCCAACAAUGGCAACAACAACAACAACAAUAACAACAACAACAACAAUGCCAACAUCACCACCAAUGGAUUUGUCUAUGGGAGUGAUGUCAUUUCCCCUGAUUGCACUGACCUGUCUUACGAGUCGCCUUCGGCCUUCGACCCCACGCCUACACCGCCAGGUCUGAUCUGGUCCGGGUUCGACCGCAGCGUGGCCCCUGGGGGAGGCUCUGCCCCCGCCGUCUUCACCAGUGGCACUUCUGCCAACGCCAAUGGGAUACCAGGGAGCCAACGGAGGGGCAACGGUGGGGCGGCCCAACCCCGGCUAUCCCCGCCUCUGCAUCAUGUUGGUGGGGGGGCGGAUCAUCCCCUGGCCCGUCGUGUGCGCAGCGACCCCGGGGGAGGAGCUAUGAGCUUCCCCGCCUACUCCAGCCCCGGCCUCUCCAACGGCCUGGCCUGCCUCGCUGGCGGCCACCUGCCGGGGCUGCCCUCAGACUCCUCGUCCUCCUCCUCCUCCUCCAGCUCCUCGUCGGGCACCAGCCGCAAGGGCAGCCGGGACUGCUCCGUGUGCUUCGAGAGUGAGGUCAUCGCCGCCCUCGUGCCCUGCGGCCACAACCUCUUCUGCAUGGAAUGCGCCAACCGCAUCUGCGAGAGGAACGAGGCCAAGUGUCCAGUCUGCCACUCCGCGGUCACUCAGGCCAUCCGCAUCUUCUCCUAAGACGCGUCGCUGCGGCGACAGCAGGUGCCCUCGUGUAUGUAUAGGUGUAUGUGUGAAUGUAUACAUGUAUUGUGCACGUGCAUACAGGCCUGGGGUGUCCCUGGAGCUGCAGUGUCGCGUGUCCCGUAGCUUAAGAAAAACUAGCAAAUGGAGGCCCUAGUUUGUCAGAUUGAGCGGAGUCUGCAAGUACCUUUAAGAGGUCUUGCUGCCACUCAAGGUACGCGUCGUGGGGGGGGGGGGGGGGGGGGGGGAGUGACUGUGAAGACGCAGCGAUCCUGCAGCUUAAAGAAAGCAGGGAGAAUACAUGUAUGACACGGGAUGUGCACACGCAAAAACAUACAAGAGAAUAAUUCCAUAUUAAUUACAUUAAUAAAGAUCAAAGUAUUUUAUUCUUUUUUUUUUUGACUUGAAAAGAUUAUAUUUCGUAUCGCAAAGAUGUUUACAGAUAUUUUAAUUUAAGUUCAGUGAACUUUUUUUGUAGCGGAGUUCAUUUUAGUACAGCCUUAUGGCGACUAACACUGUAUUAUUUUAAUAUUACGCCGCUGUGAGCGGAGUCACACACUGCAGUGUGUGUGCGUGUCACAUCAGAACAGUAUUCUGCUGGGUCGGAGGUUUUACAUGUUCAGCAAAAAAAAGUCUUUUAACCCUCUGUGCCCAGCGUAUUUUCUAUUCAGUAAUAAAAAGCCUAUUUUAUUCUAUAGUAUUACAAAACACAAAAUGUAUAAAACAUUAAGUCGGACGGAAAAGGAACGUUUAUGCUUUCUAAAAAUUUGUAUGAAUUAGAUUCCAGUGGAAGUUACAGGAUUCUGUUCCACCGCUAUAGUUUAGUACUUCUAUUUUAAUACAUUUCUUUAUUACUUGUUUAUGUAUAUGUAGGUGAAGUUACUUGAGCAUAAAUGUACUUUAUUGAGCAAAGUUUAAAAAAAACAAAGUAUAUUUUAUUUUAUGAUAAAGGGCCUUUAACCUCAUGGUCAAAUCCUAAUAUUAUAUUUGCUGAAACAAGAUUUGAAAAUGUAUCAAGAGUUUUAUUUUUCUGACAUUUAAGGUUCUACAUGAUAAAGGUAAAACUUAAGGUGCUACUUUGUGUUUUUUAAGUAUUUCUAUAUAAAUAAAAUAAAAUGGUACAUG